AUGUUUUUAGCUUUAAAAGAACCGCUAGAUGAGGAGGAAGUCUUGGAGCCGGAGCGCCAAGUACCAAGUCAGAGCACGGAUCAGCCAAUGGAGCUAAUGGUGCAGACCAAAGAAGCGAAGGAGACCUCACCGUCGGAAAAGCAAAGUCCAGGAGCGGCGGACACGGCGAUCGAAUCCAUAGCGCAAAAGUUCGAGGGGACCGCAACGUUUGUAAAAGAAGGAGGCAUACCGAGAACCGAAAAGCCAAAAAAGAAGCACAACGGCGUUCGGAGUUAG